GAGGAUUCAGAACGUGCCAGCAACGGCGACCCACGAGGCCAAGCCGGGCGACUGGAUCUGCCCGGUGUGCAAGGACCGAAGGACCUCCAGUUCGCUCGCAACAUGUCUUGCCGCACCUGCGGCGCCGGCUGCAAGGGCAAGGGCAAGUCGCAGGAUUCGAGCACGGUGCUCGAGAAUGGGCAGGUCGCGCGGCCCGGGGACUGGAUAUGCCCCUUCUGCAACGACCUCCAGUUCGCCCGGAACGCCGCGUGCAGGAACUGCGGUGGCGGCGGCAAGGGCGGCUGUGGCGGAAAGGGCGGCUACGGGAAGGGCGGCGCGGGCUUCGGCAAGGGGUUCGGCCGAGGCAACCAGGUGCACGGCGAGAACCUGGUCUACAUCGGUAACCUCUCCUACGAGGUGUCCUGGCAGGACACUGACCUGAAAGACCACAUGAAGCAAGCGGGCAGCGUCGAGUUCUGCAGCAUCCUCACCGACGACGGCACCGACUACGGCAGGUCCAAGGGCGCCGGCUGCGUGCGCUUCGCCACCGACGAGGAGGUGCAGCGGGCCAUCGACACGCUCGCCGAGACGGAGCUCAAGGGGCGCAGGAUCCCCGAUCCUUGUCGACCGGUGGGCCGGAGGCAAAGGCGCUGGCAAGUCAUCGCAGCCGUAGCGACGGAGCUUCUGGCGCGCGUCUGGGACGCCGCGUGACAGGCUGGCAGGGCCGGGCCCGUCUCUCGGCAGCCCUUCCCUGCAUCAAGGGGAGGGGGUGGGGGAGCGGAGGAGGAGGAUGGAAGGAUGCUGAAGGAGCGAGCUCUCAUUCCAGGAGCUGCCGUGUGCAGUCUUGGGCUGGGCGUGGCGGGCGUGCGGUGCCCGGGGGUGUGGCCGUCGCUGGCCGGGUUGUCCGCCACGGGUCCCCGGGGGCGCGGUCGCCGCCUCCGUCCGUCCCCACGAUUGUUUCAACAUGUACGAGUGAACGGCAGCUUCGCGUCCUCCUGAAGCGUGCGAGACCAAGGGAGGACUCGGAGCAACUGCCGAGAGGACGCUGCAGCACGGACUGCCCGAUGCCUUUUUAAACGUUUUGCGGCGAGGCUGCGGGCGCCAGACCUGUUGCGGUUUGAAGCUUGACGCCAACGCGUGUGCGAGGGUUGCAGCCAUCCUCUCGGUCCUGUGUAAACAUGCGCU